CAUGUGUUGGAUUUUUCUAGAAAGAGCGUCGCAGUCAUUCUGCUGUCCGGCUGCCGGUAGUGUCACUGUACGUAUUGGCGUAUUAGUUUGAACCCAGAACUCGUUCUCUGGAAGACUCAAGGAAGGACUUAUUCAACGGAUUAAUUCCUGUCUUUAAGAUAUUUUCUGCUUGUCAAACGACUCACUCAACUUGUUUUCUUACAUUGAAUUAGCCAAGUUGUCAAAAUGUUGAGCUUUGCUAGCAGUUUUUCAAGGACUCUCUGGACAAACAGCGGUACACGAAAUGCGUCUUCCGUGCUCACAAAGGCUUGUUGGAGUGGCCUCCAGUCAGAUGCUCUCACAGCCCUGUCCAGAAGACGCUAUGCGUCAGAAGCCGUCAAGGGUGCCGUCAUUGGAAUUGACCUGGGAACCACGAACUCGUGUGUUGCCGUCAUGGAGGGUAAACAAGCAAAGGUGUUGGAGAAUGCAGAGGGAGCCAGAACGACUCCUUCAGUUGUUGCCUUUGCUGCUGACGGUGAGCGUCUGGUCGGCAUUCCUGCCAAACGCCAGGCUGUCAUCAAUCCUCAGAACACGCUGUACGCCACAAAGAGGCUGAUCGGCCGUCGCUUUGACGACCCAGAAGUCCAGAAAGACUUGAAGAACGUUCCCUACAAGAUUGUGCGUGCUUCCAAUGGUGAUGCCUGGGUGGAGGCUCAUGGGAAAAUGUACUCGCCCAGCCAAGCGGGAGCCUUCGUCUUGAUAAAGAUGAAGGAGGCCGCAGAGAACUACCUGGGAACUAAAGUGAAGAACGCUGUGAUCACAGUACCGGCUUACUUCAAUGAUUCUCAGAGACAGGCAACCAAAGAUGCGGGUCAGAUCGCUGGUUUGAAUGUGCUACGUGUAAUCAACGAGCCCACAGCAGCAGCUCUGGCCUAUGGCCUGGACAAAACCCAGGACAAGAUCAUUGCCGUGUAUGAUCUCGGUGGAGGCACAUUUGACGUCUCCAUCUUGGAGAUACAGAAGGGAGUCUUUGAGGUGAAGUCCACCAACGGCGACACCUUCCUGGGAGGAGAGGACUUUGACCAACACCUCCUGAAAUACCUUGUUAAGGAGUUUAAGCGAGAGUCUGGUGUGGAUCUGAUGAAAGACAACAUGGCGCUUCAGAGAGUCAGGGAGGCUGCGGAGAAGGCCAAGUGUGAGCUUUCAUCUUCAUUGCAGACGGACAUCAACCUUCCAUACCUGACCAUGGACGCCUCUGGUCCCAAGCAUCUCAACAUGAAACUCACUCGCGCUCAGUUUGAAGACAUUGUGGCUGACUUGAUCCGCCGCACCGUGGCUCCCUGUCAGAAGGCCAUGCAAGAUGCGGGGGUGUCCAAGGGAGACAUUGGAGAGGUGCUGCUUGUUGGAGGAAUGUCACGCAUGCCCAAGGUCCAGCUGACAGUCCAGGACCUGUUUGGUCGUGCUCCUAGCAAGUCAGUUAACCCAGAUGAGGCUGUCGCCAUAGGAGCGGCCAUCCAGGGUGGCGUCCUGGCUGGGGACGUCACCGAUGUGCUGCUUUUGGACGUGACGCCUCUGUCGCUGGGAAUUGAGACUCUGGGCGGGGUUUUCACCAAACUCAUCAACAGGAACACCACUAUCCCAACCAAGAAGAGCCAGGUCUUCUCCACAGCAGCAGACGGACAGACUCAAGUGGAGAUCAAGGUGUGUCAGGGUGAGAGGGAGAUGGCGGCAGACAACACUGUGCUGGGUCAGUUCUCCUUGGUGGGAAUCCCCCCAGCCCCUCGAGGCGUUCCACAGAUCGAGGUCACGUUUGACAUUGAUGCUAAUGGCAUUGUCCAUGUGUCUGCCAGAGACAAAGGCACUGGCCGCGAACAGCAGAUUGUUAUCCAGUCAUCAGGAGGUCUCAGCAAGGAUGACAUUGAGAACAUGAUCAAGAAUGCUGAGAAGUAUGCAGAGGAGGACAGGAGGAGAAAGGAACGUGUGGAGGCUGUAAAUAUGGCUGAGGGCAUUGUCCAUGACACAGAAUCAAAGAUGGAGGAAUUCAAAGAGCAGCUUCCUGCUGAUGAGUGUGCCAAGCUGAAGGAGGAAAUCACCAAGGUGCGAGAUCUUCUUGCCAACAAGGAUUCGGAGACAGGAGAGAACAUCAAGCAGGCAGCCACCAACCUGCAGCAGGCAUCGCUUAAACUCUUUGAAAUGGCUUACAAGAAGAUGGCAGCGGAACGUGACAGCAGCUCCAGCUCCAGCUCCAGCUCAGAGAGCGAGAAGAAAGAGGGCCAGCAGUAAUUUUUUUUUUUGCUUGUCACAGUCUGUGACAACAGGACUGUUGAGGGGAUAAGGAUGGUUCAAUGGUUGCAGUGACGUGCGGUCAGGGGAGGCAGCUGAGGCCAAUGUUUGUCCAUUGAACUGUUAUAAAUGUACUUUAUGUACGACUGCAGUUGUAAUCAUCGCUGAAUUUGCACAUUACCUGAUUGAAUACAGCAGUGUUUUUCAACCUUUUUGUGCCAAGGCACAUUUUUUCUUUAAUUAAAAAACCACAAGGCACACCACCAGCCGAAAAUGCUAACAAAUGAACUCUGUAGCCUAUAUUGACAACAUAAAGUUGUUCUCAUCAGUGUCAGUGUAGGAAUCAAACAAAAAGCAUUUUAGAAUCAUUCACAUUUCUACUCACUCGGUGUGAAACCUGGGCCUGUUUGGAUGAACACAGCGCUAAUAUCCUGGCAGGAAUUAAAAACAAAAAGACACGACGCUCUUCCUCAACAACUCUGUCUCUUUUGGAGAUGGUGUUUAAGCUUACAUAUCUUUUCACCACACAUCAAGCACAACGUAGUCGUUUCCUUGCAUCCCCAGUGAACGUAAAUCCAAAUGCUGGUAUUACCUCGCGCACGAGAUAUUGCUUCAGCUAUGCGUCUUUGCUUUCUUUUGACCUCCACUCAUACUUGGGCCUUCAUCUGGGUCUGAUUUUUUUUUUUUUUUUUUUUUUUUUUUUUUUCCCCCCAGGGUGCAGUUCAGAGUUAGCAUCUUUCCUUUUCAAAAACUUGUCCAUCACUGUGUUGCUUGCCACAAUGCCACCGUCAUCGCCAUCUGACAUCCAUGCAUUGGUUCUUUUGCCUGUACAAAGCAGUUAGCUACCUGCUGCCACCUACUGAUAUGGAAGUGUAUUACAUGGCUACUCUGCCGAUCACUACUAGACAGCACAGACACUCGGCAAUGGCACAUUAUUUGCGGAUAAUAAUUAGGUGAAAUUGGAUACUUUCCCACGGCACAGUGGUUGAAAAACACUGGAAUACAGGGUAAAGCUGAUAUAAGGCUGCUCCUCUCGAGUGCGCAUCCGAACCUGAGUGCACUGAAUAGUGGAUGGCAUGUGCCCAUUUGUUUGUCAGCAACAUUUAUUCUACACCAUGGUUUGCUACAGACUAUAUAAUGUGAAAUUAUUCUUGAUUUAAAAAAACAAACAACAAAAUACAAAAAUGUCAUAUGCGAAGGUACUGCAGUACUCUCCUCAUCCUGAAGAGGUGGGGGCACGCGUGAGGUGGAAGGUGCUUGUCACUGCCACCCUUCCAAAGUGCGCAAAAGCCAGCUGUUUAGCAACAAGCAAAAUACAUUAAAGAUAAGCCCUGCUGAAUGAAUAAAUUAACUUAACUGUCAAAGUGGAGGAUUACAUAUCCAAUCUCAGCAGACGAUGAUCAGACUUUUACAACAAAGUAUCAGAAGUGUCCUGGCGAAGGAUUGGGUGCUUCUAAUGAAUUAAAAAAUACAAAUAAAAGGUGAGAACACAAAUGUUUUUCCACUUAAUAAUAAUAGGACUAUUAACUUAAUAAAAAUAUAUUUAAAACCCUUCAAAGGAGUCAGUGCCUCACCAGCCAUGAACCUCCCCGCACGUCACUGAAUGGAAUUACUUUUACUGUGUUUUGGCAGUAAAAAUGCUCCAAUGAAAAGUCUGUAUAUUCCAAGUUUUGUCUGUAAUUGAUCAUGUAUGUUCAGUUUUACAAUCUUAGUGAAAUUCUUUCGUCUCAGACAUCAUUACGUUUUCAUCUUGCUGUUGCUUUUCUUCUGAAGCAUUCGCUUGCGUUUGUUUAUGAAGGAAAAACACAUCCAUCAUCCUCACACAAUCUAAAGUACAAUUGGGAAUAUUCACGCAGGUCAUCAUGUCCCAAAAUUAAGUAGCUGCCACAGAUGCCCUUAGGUUGUGACUUUUGCUUAAUAGUGUGUGUGAAAGAGCGAGAGAGAUAUCUGGACAGGAGAACUUGUGGGAUGGCUAUUUCUGUUGCUGUUUUUUGUAAUAAAACAUUUAAAACGAAA